UAUAGAAUUAAAAUCUAUUUUAUAGAGUUGUACUUGAACCUUUUUUAAAAAAAAACUCUGUAUAACCGUAAAAAAACGAAGGCUAGCUCUGUUACAUUGGUGAUGCCCGAAGGAAAAGGGGAGAAAAAAUAUCAUGGCACGUGGCACGCAGCACGCACACUAUCCAUCCAACUAACCAAAGCGAAGCAGCAGCGGAGCAGCUGAGAGAGGCUCACCUCGCCGCCUCCCAUGGCCCCCGCCGCCGCCGCCGCCCACGCCCCGCUCCCCCUCGCCUCGCCGCCUCCACAGCCGCACCCGCCUCCCACCUCCGCCACGGUCCGCUCCCUCACCUCCGCGGGCCACCACGCCGCCGCCCUCCGCGCGCUCUCCUCCAUGGCCCCGCCGCUCGACCCCUUCGCGCUCCCGCCCGCAAUCAAGUCCGCCGCCGCGCUCCGCGACGCCCGCUCCGCCCGCGCCAUCCACGCCGCCGCGCUCCGCCGCGGGAUGCUCCACCGCCCCUCCCCCGCCGUCGCCAACGCGCUGCUCACCGCCUACGCGCGCUGCGGCCGCCUCGCCGCCGCGCUCGCGGUGUUCGACGGCACGCCGCCGCCGCUCCGCGACGCCGUCUCCUUCAACUCCCUCAUCUCCACGCUCUGCAUCUUCCGCCGCUGGGGCCACGCGCUCGCCGCGCUCCGCGCCAUGCUUGCCGACGGCCACCCGCUCACUUCCUUCACGCUCGUCAGCGUCCUCCUCGCCUGCUCCCAUCUCCCCGCCGGCGCCCGCCUCGGCCGCGAGGCGCACGCGUACGCGCUCAAGAGCGGCCUCCUCCACGCCCAAGAGCGCUUUGCCUUCAACGCGCUCCUCUCCAUGUACGCCCGCCUCGGCCUCGUCGACGACGCGCAGACCCUCUUCGGCGCCACCGCUCCCGGCCGCAACGACGUCGUCACGUGGAACACCAUGAUCAGCGUGCUCGUUCAGAGCGGCCUCUUCGACGAGGCCGUCGAGACGCUCUACGACAUGGUCGCGCUCGGCGUGCCACCGGACGGCGUCACGUUUGCGAGCGCUCUCCCGGCGUGCUCGCGGCUGGAGCUGCUCGCCGUCGGCCGGGAGAUGCACGCCUAUGUCAUCAAGGACGGCGAGCUCGCCGCCAACUCGUUCGUGGCGAGCGCGCUGGUGGACAUGUACGCCACGCACGAGCAGGUGGGCAAGGCGAGGCAGGUGUUCGACAUGGUGCCCGACUCCGGGAAGCAGCUCGGAAUGUGGAACGCCAUGAUCUGUGGGUACGUGCAGGCCGGAAUGGACGAGGAGGCGCUUCGGCUAUUCGCGUGGAUGGAGGCCGAGGCCGGCUUCGUACCCUGCGAGACCACCAUGGCCAGCAUGCUGCCGGCAUGCGCCCGCUCUGAGGCCUUCGACGGGAAGGAGGCCGUGCACGGGUACGUGGUGAAGCGCGGCAUGGCGGACAACCGAUUCGUGCAGAACGCGCUCAUGGACAUGUACGCGCGCCUCGGCAAGACGGACGUCGCGCACCGGAUCUUCGCCAUGGUCGACCUCCCCGACGUCGUGUCCUGGAACACCCUCAUCACCGGUUGCGUCGUCCAGGGCAAUGUCAACGACGCGUUCCAGCUCGUCCGCGAGAUGCAGCAGCAAGAAGAAGAAGACGGCUUCACCGGCGUGGCGCCGAACGCCAUCACGCUGAUGACGCUCCUGCCGGGGUGCGCCAUGCUGGCAGCGCCGGCGAAGGGGAAGGAGAUACACGGGUACGCGGUGAGGCACUCUCUCGACACUGACGUCGCCGUCGGGAGCGCGCUGGUGGACAUGUACGCCAAGUGCGGGUGUCUGCCCCUGUCGAGCGCAGUGUUCGACCGGCUGCCUCGGCGGAACACCAUCACCUGGAACGUCCUCAUCAUGGCGUACGGCAUGCACGGGCUCGGCGGCGAGGCCAUGGCGCUGUUCGACCGGAUGACGGCGAGCGGCGAGGGGAGCCCCAACGAAGUGACCUUCAUCGCUGCCCUGGCGGCGUGCAGCCACUCGGGCAUGGUGGAGCGCGGGCUCGAGCUGUUCCACGCCAUGGAGCGCGACCACGGCGUCUCGGCGACGCCGGAGAUCCACGCCUGCGUGGUGGACAUCCUCGGCCGCGCCGGCAGGCUCGACGAGGCCUACGCCAUCGUGACCUCGAUGGAGGCCGGCGAGCAGCAGGUGUCGGCGUGGAGCACGCUGCUGGGCGCGUGCCGGCUGCACAAGAACGUCCGCCUCGGCGAGAUCGCCGCCGAGCGGCUGCUGGAGCUGGAGCCCGAGGAGGCCAGCCACUACGUGCUCCUCUGCAACAUCUACUCCGCCGCCGGGGAGUGGUCCAAGUCGGCGGAGGUGAGGAGCAGGAUGCGGCGGCGAGGCGUGGCGAAGGAGCCUGGGUGCAGCUGGAUCGAGCUGGACGGCGCGAUCCACCGGUUCACGGCCGGCGAGUCGGCGCACCCGGCGAGCGCGGAGGUGCACGAGCGCAUGGGCGCGCUCUGGGAGGAGAUGCGGCGGCAGGGGUACGCGCCGGACACGUCGUGCGUGCUGCACGACAUGGACGACGGCGACAAGGCGGCCGUGCUCCGGUGCCACAGCGAGAAGCUGGCCAUCGCGUUCGGGCUGCUGAGGUCGCCGGCGGGCGCCACCAUUAGGGUGGCCAAGAACCUGAGGGUGUGCAACGACUGCCAUGAGGCGGCCAAGUUCAUGUCCAAGAUGCUUGACCGCGACAUCGUGCUCAGGGACGUCAGGAGGUUUCACCAUUUUCGCCAGGGCAAAUGCUCCUGUGGGGAUUUUUGGUAGUGCAAAAUAGGGUAACACUAAUUUUUUUCAUAACUUGCACUAGCAAACACGUACACCGUAUAUAUACAGGGGUCAAACGCAAAGUUAUGGCAUGCUCCUUCAUUUUAAUCAAACCAAGUUGCUUACUGCUCCCUUCAUAUUUUAAUUGAU